CGGACCGAAGCAUCUUCCUCUUUCCUUAAUUAAGGCAAAGAGGGAUGAAGUUGUCUAGAAGUCAUGGCUUUCUUGUCAUUGUGCUGCUGAGUGUGUGUGGUUUGGCACAAGUCCAAGGGGCUGCCAUUUCAUGCUUUUACAGAAGCAGUCCGUGCUUCCUCAAGAAGAUGACUUGUCCUGAUGAAUGUCCCUCCACUUCACCCAGCGAUUCUAAGGCCAAGGUCUGCUACGUCAACUGCAAUUCGCCGAUCUGCACGCCCGAGUGCAAGAACAAGAAACCAAACUGCAAUGCUCCUGGUGCUGCAUGCUUGGACCCCAGGUUCAUCGGUGGAGACGGCAUCGUCUUCUACUUCCAUGGCAAAAGCGACGAGCAGUUCAGCUUAGUCUCUGAUCCGCAUAUUCAGAUCAAUGCCCGUUUCAUUGGCCUCCGGCCUGCUGGCCGGAUCCGAGACUACACGUGGAUCCAAGCCCUCGGAGUUCUCUCAGGCUCUGAGAGCUUCUCUAUCGAGGCCACCCGAGCUGCUAAAUGGGACUCCGAGAUGGAUCAUCUAAGAUUCUCUUACAAUGGAAAUGAACUCACCGUGCCAGAGGGAACUCCCUCCACAUGGCAUUCCCUCAACGGUGACUUCAAGGUGGAGAGAUCGGCAAGCAAGAACAGCGCCGCGAUCACUAUCAGAGGGGUCGCGGAGAUUUCGGUCAAUGUCGUGCCUGUGACGAAAGAAGACAGCCUGAUCCACAACUAUCAAAUUCCUUCCGAUGACUGCUUUGCUCACUUGGAAGUGCAAUUCAGGUUUCUCAGCCUCUCUCCGAGGGUGGAGGGAGUGCUCGGCAGGACGUACCAGCCCGAUUUCGAGAACCCAGCGAAGCUUGGGGUCGCGAUGCCAGUAGUGGGCGGAGAGGACAAGUACAGGACUUCGUCGCUCCUCUCAGCUGAUUGCGCAGCUUGCAUCUUCUCCCCAAUCAUGCACCCUGAUCAAAAGCAGGACUCAAUGGCGAUGGAGUAUGGUACUCUGGAGUGCACCGGGGGUGCUACUAGUGGGAAUGGCAUUGUGUGCAGGAGAUGAUUGUGAAACUUUUGAGCGUGCUUGGUCAAGAAAUCAAUUAAGAAAAGUUUCAAUAAGCUUAGAGAAUAAUAAGGUGGUUUCUUGCUGCUCCUGCCAUAAUCUCAAUGUUCUUUUUAUGUAGUUCCAAUGCACUUAUGAGUCCGACAAGAGUUUUG